ACGUGCAAAGAGUUAGGCUGCGCGCCGGGUAUAUUUAGCCGGCGGCUGAACACGCCGCUGCGUGAGGUGCUUCCCGUCUCUUUCGGCCUAUCUGCCCGCUUCGUACGAACUGAAGCUUCCUGCUCCCCUCCGGCUCCGUCUCGCCCACAGUUUUCAGUUGACCAAAGAAAUGGUGAUGGAGAAGCCAAGUCCCCUGCUGGUUGGGCGGGAGUUUGUAAGGCAAUACUAUACCCUGCUGAAUCAAGCGCCAGAUUACUUGCACAGAUUUUAUGGAAAGAAUUCCUCUUAUGUCCAUGGUGGUUUGGAUUCAAAUGGAAAACCGGCAGAUGCAGUCCACGGGCAAUCUGAUAUUCACAAGAAAGUGUUGUCACUGAACUUUAAGGAUUGCCACACAAAGAUCCGUCAUGUGGAUGCUCACGCUACUCUUAAUGAUGGAGUUGUAGUACAGGUCAUGGGCGAGCUCUCCAAUAACACUCAGCCAUUGCGAAGAUUCAUGCAGACUUUCGUCCUUGCUCCGGAGGGAUCUGUUGCAAACAAGUUUUAUGUUCAUAAUGACAUUUUCCGCUAUCAGGAUGAAGUGUUUGGUGACUUAGACACUGAACCUGCUGAGGAAUCUGAAGAAGAGACUGAAGAACCUGAAGAAAGGCAGCAAACGCCUGAGGCAGUUGCUGAUGAUUCUGCAGCCUACUACGAUCAGUCUGUCAGCAAUGACUUGGAAGAGCAGUUGGAAGAACCAGCUGCAGAGACAGAACAAGAGGCUGAGCCUGAGCCUGAACAGGAGCCCGAACCAGAGACCCAGGAAGAAAAACCUGAGCCAGUUCUGGAGGAGACAACUCCUGAGGAAACAGUAGAAAAAAGUCCUUCUCCUGUUCCGGCAGACCCAGCUCCAGUGGUACAAGAGGACUCCAGGACAUCAUCAUGGGCCUCUGUAACCAGUAAGAAUCUUCCACCAAGUGGAGCUGUUCCAGUAUCAGGCAUACCGCCUCAUGUUGUCAAAUUACCUGCUUCACAGCCCCGUCCUGAGUCUAAGACUGAAUCCCAGACUCCACCACAGAGAUCUCAGCGGGACCAGAGGGUGCGAGAGCAACGGACAAACAUCCCCCCACAAAGAGGUCCCAGACCAAUGCGGGAAGGUGAGCAGAGUGAUAUGGAAACUAGACGAAUCGUGAGGUACCCAGACAGUCACCAGCUGUUCGUUGGAAAUCUCCCUCAUGAUGUGGAUAAAUCAGAACUAAAGGACUUUUUCCAAAAACUUGGAAAUUCUCUUGCAGGUUAUGGGAAUGUGGUGGAACUACGUAUCAACAGUGGAGGAAAACUCCCUAACUUUGGAUUUGUGGUGUUUGAUGAUCCAGAACCGGUUCAGAAGAUCCUGGGCAAUAGGCCAAUCAUGUUCAGAGGUGAAGUGCGUUUGAAUGUGGAAGAGAAAAAAACACGAGCAGCCAGGGAGGGUGAUCGCCGAGACAACAGACCCCGUGGGCCUGGUGGCACCCGUGGGGGGCUGGGAGGUGGGAUUCGAGGUCCUCCACGUGGAGGGAUGUCUCAAAAACCAGGAUUUGGCACUGGAAGGGGCAUCGGGCAGCGCCAAUGAUUGAUGUGAUGAGACAAACCCUUCUUCCUGCAGAUUUGUGAAUUUCAGCCUUGGGUAUCUUGGAAUGUGGCCCUAGCCUGUUAUAGACUGCUACGUUUGAUACUAUUUUGGCCAUUUUGUUUGUGUUUGGUUUCGUGAUUUUUUUUUUCUAGUCCUUGUCCCAGAUUCCAGCUUUGUGGAACAAUAUUUCAGGAAAAAGUGGAUUUUAAAAAGAACUGAACUGAAUCCUUGCUUGCUGCAGACAUAUGGACUGGAUUUUUAUUUUUUUUGGUACCAGUGGUUUUUCCUAAUGGAAUGUGUGGCUUUUUUGUUAUUUUUACUGAAAUGGGGAGCGUUUCAGUCAGUGGAAUUAUCCUUUUCAGCUGCAUGUGUUCUGGAGUCUGUGGGAGAGAGAACCUAGCACUUGACAAACAUUUCAAGGGCAAGGAAAGCCGCUUAUCACAUGGGGAGGUGGGGAUCACCUGAAAUACCCAACCCUGGUCUGAAGGUGUUGCCGCUCGAAAAUCAACAUUCACCCUUUUCUCUGUGGCGCUGUAAAAGUGGAAUAAAGGGUAUCCAUAGAAUGUUUUCUGUUUGGUACAUGAUCACGAAAAGGAAUUCUCACUACUGCUUUACCACUUACAAGGAUUGUGGGAUAGGUUUUAAAUGUCUAGAAUUUGACUCUUUAAAACACUCUUCCUGAAUUUGUGAAUUUUUUUAUUGAAAUAGGGAGGUUUUUCAUGUUUAGUUUGUAUUUGUAUUAAACAAAACAAAAUUGUUGUGCCUUCUAUUUAUCUCUCAUUCCAGUCUUGGCAAAUUGUUAAAAAAAUAAAAAAGUCUAGAUUUGCUUUA